AUGUUUUCAUACAUUAUCUCUGCCGUACACACGGCGGCCGGAGUAAGGUCUGCAUAUGUGAAAAAAAACGCUAAGGAAAACAUUAAUGCUGAUCAUACUGAUGGAGCCACAUAUAUAAUUCAUGGAAGCAGCAAGAAUGUUAUGAACAUGUCUCAUCCUGAUCAAGUUGAGCUGUGGCGUUCUGUUAUGAACGGUAAACUUGAGACAUACAAUCGUAUUUCAUCUAAGCUAAAACUUGGAAUAAUUGGAGACGAAUUUUCUGGAAAACCGAACCUGUCUCCUUUGAAAGGUCAGCAGGGUGUUAAUGAUACAGAGGCAACUGCUGCACGGAAAGCAAGUAGGGUCCCUGUUCGCUUGUAUCUCUGGAUUGUCGAUAAAGAUUUUGACGAUUUAGAAGAAGCACCAAAUUUUGAUAGGUGGGACCAAGUUUCUUACAUAAACCGGCCUGUUGAAUGCUACUACUGUUAA